AGAGCCGUGUGUGUCUGUGUGUGUGUGUGUUUAAAUGUAUGAGUGUACGCAGAUGGGAAAGCAACUGAGUCAGGGAGUGCUGCCUCGCAUCUCUACUCUGUUAUCACCAUCCUUCAAUUGUCCUCUCCACCUCCGCUGCCAUGGAGCUCCAGCAGGCUGAAUCACAACUGCGUCUACAGAAAGGGCUAAGCAGGUAGAUGUGCAUGCAUGUGCUGUGCUCCAUUGGGCCAGUAUGGGGUGUGUGUGUCUGAGAAGGUGGGCAUCAGGCUCUGCUGUCAUCUUCCUUCACACACUGGCCUUAUCUUGGACAGGUGCAAUUGAGACCUCCCCCAAGAUUGAUGGACAGCACCAGGCGGCUGUGACACUGCAGGAGAACAUGACACACUGGUUCAGCUGCCAAUCAGACGGCUGGGAUCCCCGUGCCCCUCCCUUGCUAACAUGGUACCUGAAUGGGGUGCAGCAGAGAGAGCCACCGCCCAACCAUGGGCGCCUGGUGACAACCUCGCAGGAAGGUUCCAAGGUCAUGAGACCGGGGACCAAUCACAACAGCACCUUCUCGCUGCGGGCCAGGAAGUGGGACAGGGAGCUGGUGUGUGUUGCAUCAAACCCCAGGACAGGAGAGAGCCACAACGCCACGGUCACACUUAAUAUCCAGUUUCAGCCAGAGAUCCUCAGGCUGAACGGCCACUACAGUGAAACCUCAGACCCAGGCCUCUCCCUGGUCCUCUUUGCCUUGGUACGGUCCAACCCGCCUGCCACCAUCACCUUCGUGGACCAGUACGGCCAGCUGGUGGCCAACACCUCCGACUUCCUCAUCCUCGACUCGCGAAGCUACCCUUGGCUGACCAAUCACACAGUAAAGGUCACGCUCGGUAGCCUAUCAGGGAAUAUCUCGCUGAACGUUAGCAACAGUGUGGGAACGGUGCAGAGCAACCUCACACUGGCAGAGUUCCUACAGUCUCGUGUGGAGGUACCUAUGCUGGGAAUAGUGACUGGGGGAGCCAUGGCCUUCAUGGCCCUCCUUGUCCUCAGUCUGAUUGUUCUCUGCCUCAUGCAAAAAAACCAGAGCAAGUCCUUUGAUGAACCAGUGGAGAUAAUGAUGACCAAGAAAAGCAACUCAGCCAAUCUUAAAACUGUUAAGACCUCCAUUCCCAGAGAAAACAUGUCUCUGCCUUCCAACAUGCAGCUCAACGACCUCAACACUUUGAGAAAAGCCCGAGAGGCCGCUCAGCAGAGCAUUGUGGGAGAGAAGGAGGAGGAAGAGGAAGAUCUGUCUUUAGCCUAUGCUGCCAGAGGUUUUGCCAGAUAUCCAAUGGUCGGUUAUAUCUAUAAGGUGAACAGCACAAGCAGUGAGGAGAUCUGGCUCUGACUGACCUCACACAAAAGUUAACACACACAAAACACACACACACACACACACACACACACACACACACACACCCACAAACACACACACACACACACACACAC